GACGUCAUACGUUGUUUACGACGGAUGAGCGUUGCUGUUAGCAGCCCCACGCUUAGCUAGUUAGUUUUUUCCAAGCAUACAUUUCGUAUUCGGCGGGUCAUGGGCGUGUUUGGGCAUUAAAGUAGAAAUGCAAAAGCUCCGCACAGUUAAGGAACUAGUGAUGCCAUAGAGGGAGGAGGCUUCCCUGACUGUCCUCCACCGGGGAGGAGCAGUCUCUUCAGAAAUGGCAACUGAACUUCACGAGACCAUAUUCAUGGCCAAGCAGGAGCGCCACAAAAACCUCUUUCUUAACUACAAAAACUUGAACAUUUUCCCCGUAGAGCUGCUGAAAGAUGAAGGCCUGCAGUUUCUGGAGAGACUGUACAUGAAGAGGAACUCGCUCACUACACUGCCUGACAAUCUCGCUCAGAAGCUCCCAAAUCUUAUUGAACUGUAUUUGCACUCUAACAACAUAGUCAUUAUUCCUGAAGCUAUUGGAAACUUGGCCAGGCUGCAGUCGUUGGACCUGAGCAAUAAUGCCCUCCAGCUCCUCUGUCCAGAGAUUGGCCGACUGAGGUCUCUACGGCACCUGAGACUUUCAAAUAACCAGCUGAAAUGCCUUCCUCCAGAGAUCGGUGAUCUGCAGGACCUGGAGACUCUUGACCUGUCAAUGAACCAGCUGAUGUCUCUACCAGAUCGGCUGCACCGAUGUCUCUCCCUGCAGAAUCUAACAGUGGACCACAAUCUGUUGAGCCACGUUCCCCGACAGCUCUGCUGGCUGCACCGCCUCAACCAGCUCUCCAUGGCCGCUAACCGACUGACCUUUCUACCGCUCGAUCUGGGCAGGUCACGAGAGCUGCAGUUUGUGUUUGUGGACAACAAUGUGGACCUUAGAGGCCUCCCCUCCUACUUGUACAACAAGGUCAUCGGCUGCAGCGGAUGUGGUAUAUCCUCUCAAGCGCUGGUGGGUGACCUGGGUGAAGUGCUGGGUGAGGCCCUGAGUGAGGCCCUGGUUGGGAUGCCAGCUGAAGUGAAGGUGGUGGGUUCAGUGACGGAUAACGUGGUUCCCCUGGAGGAGCUGGCUUUGAGGACACUGCACCGCAUCUACCACCACCGCCCAACAGACCUCAACCUGCUGCCCCCCAUCGCCCUUCCGAAGAGCCUGCUGGACCUGCUGCAGUUCCCCAUGGGUCACUGUCAUCGAUGCAGCCAAGCCAUGUUCACCAUCAUCUACCCCAAACUCUUCCCCCUCCGUGACACCGCCCUGGCGGGAGUGCACCGCAGGACGACUGUGAGUUUUGUGGCUUACUGCUGUUCCAGUCACUGCCUCCGGACCUUUGACCUCCAGGGCUGACGUCUCUCCGUCUCCUCCCCAUCCGCCUCCGCUCAUCAGUUGUUGACUGGUUUCCAGAAGGUGACGGAUCACGUGUGUGUCACCUUGCAGUGAACAGUGGAUCUCAGAGGUCUGUGUGCAGCACUGAAGGAGCCCUGUGAUUGAUUACCAUAGAAAGGACCACACAGAGGCGGUCUGUGCAGAUGUUUUAGUAGUUCAGAUGAUGGACAUUUAAACACUUUGACAUACGCGAUCUCUCUACAACUCACCAGCUGGUGCAUUGUAUUCAUGUGUGUGCGCCGGGGGGGGUCAUCAUAAUUAUAACUAUUUUGUGAGAACACUGUGCUCAUUCUAAAAACAAGGGUGCAGUAUUAAAUCUAACUACAACCCUCCUGUUACUCACAAAUGGGCACUUUUAACAACAAAAACUCUUUCAUUUUAGUGAAAUUCUUGUGAUUUUUUCACUUCUGAUUGGGGAGUAACGUUUGAAAUGGCGUCACUGCUUGAUGAAGAAUAUUUGAAGGCUUAUGAAUUGAAGAUAUAUUUAACAUGCGUUAUUUUCAGCAGCUGAUAUAAAUAUAUAUAAGUUAUAAGCUGUUCAUCUCCAAUAGAACAAAGACACUCAAAUUUUACUAACUAAUAGAGGCAAUGUAAAAUGCACAUUUGAGAUGGCAGCGUACAGCCUGAGGUCAGGCUCAUGCUCGUAGUUAUGUAGCUUUUCUAAAAGUCAAAGAUCCACUCUAAAUAAUGAGUCAGGGAUUCAUCUCACGUGUCUGUCUAACAGGUUCUAAGGUCUUGUCGGAUUUUGCAUUGUCUUUAAUUUUCUAUGGUAAGUACCAGCUUUCGAGUUUUGACUUAUUUUGCAGUGGAUUAUGACAUGUUAAAAUCUUUAAAGUGGUGUCUCUUUGAGUAUUGCAAGCAUUAAGUUAAUACUCUGUUACACGAACCAAAAGUUAGAUAAUAAUAGUUGCUGCUGUGGUUUAACGUCCAUGGAGUCGCUCAGUUUGAAGUCUGAGUUUUCUGUCGCUGCCCGAAUUAAGAGAGUUUUGGACACUUUAUAGGCGCUGUGUGAUUCUUAUUGAACUGAUGCCUGUGUGUUAUUGUUCAUUACAAUGUUGUGCCGUUCUAAUUUAUCUUUUGUUUUGGUUGUGUUACAUUUGGCAGUAAAUGUUGACUGUUGUUUGACUUUCAA